CGUGUGUCUGUGUCUUUGAAUUCAGUAACCAUGCUGUUUCGGUCCAAUCAUAUCAGAAAUAGUCGAAUAGAGAGGAGGGGUUAAUGAUUGACGCAGUCUCUUUACACACGCGGAUGUGUGUAUUUAUUUACUUAUCAGUAUCAGUCAAUUUCCCUGCAGGCGAGUGCACUUUUGCAUGUCUAAGUGUACGAUAAGGCGCAACACAAACAAUCCCGCAAUCACCGAGUGGAGGCCUCUCGUGGCCAUUAAAAGUCAGGAGUUCAAAGUGAGGAGGUGCUUCUCCAAACUCUCAAGUCCACACAUUCAGGCCUCCUUUCAUCAAGAGGCCCUCGUCAACAUCACUACAGUUAAUAAAGUGCAUUGUGGUUAAAAAAAAAAAAAAAGAAAGAAAGAAAAAAAGAAAAAGAUGCGGCUGCAGCAACAAGUGCGUCAAACUCCAGAUGCUGCAGCUGCAGGAGGAGGAAGAGGAGGAGGAGGAGGAGGAGGAGGAGAUGCAGUGGUCAGCUCCUGGUGCGCACUCCUCACCCUGCAUCCUCUGCUUCAUGCAUGAAUACAUGCAUCCCCGCGCGUCUGUCAUCUGCUAAGUUGGAGUGAGUGCGCGAGCGCACGUCUGCUUAGUGAAAAAGUGAAAUUACGCACGGAAAGAGGAGAGAAGGGAGGCUCGGGUCGGGGCUUGUUUUCUGUAUUGUGUCGAUGCCCCGCCUCUGAUGGUCGCCUUAAACCUGGCACCAGGCUCUAAAACAAACCAAAGCCAGCAUAGAGCUCCCACUCCAUCCAAUUAAGGCGGACUUGAGGCGCUCUCUCCUACGUCUUCAUCAAGCAAGGAUCGACGCUGAGACAACAAGCAACCAGAGAGAGGAGAUUUGGCCAAAACGGAAAAGAGAAAAAAGAAAAAAAAAAAAAAAAAGACGGAGAGAUUGCCUUGCCUCCUAAUUUUCCCUCUCCAGCCCCAGAACAAUGUCGAUGAGCCCUAAGCAUACGACUCCUUUUUCUGUUUCCGAUAUCUUGAGUCCCCUUGAGGAGAGCUAUAAGAAAUUAAGUAUGGAGAACAACAACUUGGGGGCACCGCUCACCUCCUACCGGCAGCCGCAGGUCUCUCAGGCGGCCAUGCAGCAGCACCACAUGGGCCACAACGGCUCCGUGUCCACGGCCGCCUACCACAUGACUGCGGCAGGUGUCUCCCAGCUGUCGCACACGGCCAUGGGCGGAUACUGCAACGGCAACCUGGGCAACAUGGGCGACCUUCCGUCCUACCAGGACGGCAUGAGGGGCAGCGCCACGGCCACCGGCUGGUACGGAGCCAACCCGGACCCGCGCUUCUCCACCAUUUCCCGCUUCAUGGGCUCUUCCUCGGGCAUGAACAUGGGCAGCAUGGGCAGCCUCAGCUCCCUGGCAGACGUGGGUAAAAGUAUGGGCUCUCUGUCCAGCACCCCGAGGAGGAAGAGGCGCGUUCUCUUCUCCCAGGCGCAGGUGUACGAGCUGGAGCGACGCUUCAAGCAGCAGAAGUACCUGUCGGCGCCGGAGAGGGAGCACCUGGCCAGCAUGAUCCACCUCACCCCGACCCAGGUCAAGAUCUGGUUCCAGAACCACCGCUACAAGAUGAAGAGACAGGCCAAGGACAAGGCGUCCCAGCAGCAGAUGCAGCAGGAGAGCGGCUCCUGUCAGCAGCAGCAGCAGCAGCAGCAGUCGCCGCGCAGGGUGGCGGUACCGGUGCUGGUGAAGGACGGCAAACCGUGCCAAGGCACCGGCCACACGGCCUCGUCCUCGGCCUCCUCGCAGACGCACCACCAGCAGGCGGCGAACGUCAUGAUCAUGUCCAACAACACGUCCGUGCUCGGACAGCACCAGAGCCACCACCAGAACCAGCACCAGAGCCAACAGCAGCAGGUGGGGAGCACGGGUCACUCUCCAGACCUGGCACCGCACUCCUCCAGUCCGUCCGUCCUUCAGGGCCAGGUGUCCGGCCUGUCCCACCUCAACUCCCCGGGCUCGGAGUACGGCUCCGCCCUGCAGUGUUCGGCCCUGUUGUACGGCAGGACGUGGUGACAAACGGUCGGAACCUGAGAAGGAGAAGAAGAAAACAAACAAAAUGCAGUGUAAAUGUGCGGCGCAGCGCUUCUUUAAACAAGUCCAAUAUUUUCCCCUGUUUCUUUUGGGAAUAGAAAAAAAAAAAACAAAACUCCAGAAACUGUGGAUGUGGAAGUCUUUGGGAUUUAUUUAUGUAAAUUAUAAUCAAGGGAAGAACCCAGCAGUGAAACAGGAGCCGUGCACAUAUGAACUGCGGCACCGCUCAGUAUGGGUGCUGUUCGAUUCCUCUCCACUUUCCCGAACACACCAAGGCCAUCAGCUGACGCCUGAUCUAUGAUAGAAUGUCCUGUAAGCCGUAGAUCUAGGUUGUACAUAUUUCUGUAAAAGACCAUGGACUUUAGCUCCUGUCUGUUGUACAGAGUUUCUGACGGUUUGUUGUCGUUUCACUCGUAUUUGUACUCGUUUUAUUUGGUUUGUAACUUAUAUAGAUAUUUGACCUACUACAGAUUCAGUCCUAUUAAUAAAUUAUGGAAACGUUUAACACACCAAAAUCUUUAUUUUUUCAUUCUUAUUUAUUUUUUUUCCGUGCGAUGUUAUUGGUGAAAAAGCAUCAGAUUUUGACGCGUCCUUAUAAAUUAUUACAACUUUCCUCCGUAUCGUUUCAACACAAAAAUUCCAGCAAUUUGUAUAAUUUGCAGUGGUUUUGCACACGUUUUAUCCAAUCCUUUAGGAACAAUAUUUACUUGUAUGUUUUGAAAUAUAUGUAAUAAUUUGAUUACAUUUAUCAAGACGUAGAGUCAUUCUUUCAAAAGAUUCAAAAACUUCCCCAAAAGAUGGAGAAGCUCCUUCAGAACAUUUAUAAGAAAGAAACGUCCAGUGUUAUGGGGUUGUGUGUAUAUUUUUCGCUUAAAAAAAACAACAAAAAUAAAACAAAACAAAACAAACAAAAAAAACAGUGCAGCGAAAACUUUCAUAAUUGAUUUAAUCUCAAAUAUGCUUAACUUAAAAAAACUGCAUUCCUCUGAGGAUUUAAAUAUCUACAUAUUCUGCUUUUAUUUUAUUUUUAUUUUUUCCCUUUCCAUAUUUUCAGUUAUUUUGGCUUUUGAUGUUUGUUUGUUUUUUCCCUUUUUGCUUUCUUUCUUCCACUUCUAAAAUUUCCCUUGGAUCUGGAACAUUCUUUCUCCUCGUAUUAUUUUCCCGCUUAUUCCAUUUUUUUAUCCCGCCCUAAUUUCGUAUUCCUGUAUAUUUUUUAUUUGCUCCAUUUUGAACCCAAAUACUUUCUCAUAUCGCGUUUAUGUUUCUUUGUUGUAGUUUGUUCCGCCUUUCUCUCCUAGCAUCUUAGCAUUUAGCCUGUCUGUCUGGUUUGACUCGUUAUAUUGUUUUAUUGUCCGUCGUUUUUUGUUCGGCCUUUUCUGUCUUUUUUACAUUUUCCCCCUCAUUUCAGCUCAUUUCUUCUUCUUUACAUCUAAGUCGAUAUUUUGUAUUAUUUUCCUUUGUUGAUGCCGAAUUAAUUAAAGAAUCUUCUCGGCGAAACAACAAACCAACGGUUUGUUUUCUUUCCUUUUCAACAUGGACGGCGACACUUGUUGUCUUUUCGUUAAAACGGACUUUGAACAUCGAACCAAAAAAAAAGAAAAAAAGAUUACAUUUAGACUCAAGUCACACGGGCUUUUUUUUACAUCAGGCCCUGAUGAUUUAUGACGAUUUAUUAUUCAAACUGUUUGUGUGGCGUUUGUGUUGUUUUGGGAGCAGCUGUGGAUGAUGAUGAUGAUGAUGGUGAUGAAGAUGAUUGACCGUUACUGACAUGUAGAACUACAACAAAACAACAACGACGGUCAUCGGGUGUUUGUCAGAGAAAAUGAAGGUUUAAUUUUGACUCCAGGAGGUGUAAUUUAAAUAAAAAACAUUUAUAUUAAGACGUUCGUUAACAUGAGCAAACACCUGCAUAGAGAAAAUAUUCAGAAUUUACAGAAAGAUAUUGAGAUUUAGAUGCCUCGUCUUUAUAUACGGUAUAUAUAUUUCAAAAUGUAAAUAUUUUUACUUUUUUCUUCCUUUUUUAGAUAAGUCAACCAGGCUCUCUCUCUCUCUUCCUCUCUCGCUCUCUCGCACACACACACAAACACACACACGCCUAUUCUUUUUCAGUCUUAUCGUUAAAGAAGUAAACUAGGUGUGUGUGUAUAUGUGUGUGUGUGUGUUUCCUCUCUUUAUUUUCCCUUUCUGUGUGUGUUUCCUUUGGGUGAGUCAGAAAAGGUGAGGUCUCUCUCUGUCUCUCUCUCUCGUGUGUGUGUGUGUGUGUGUUGAUUCCAGGUCCUAACGUCAAACAAACACACACACACAUCGCUGCAGCUUAUCGAUGAAAAUCCCUGACCAAACAUCGCGGCCCCGUGUUUGCUAUCAGCUGAUUAACCGACGAUCUAUCAGAGAACUGAGGGAAAACAGCGUCGAGCUGCUGGACUCUGACGUCAGUCACCAAUCAUUCAAAGUCCAUUUCAUUCCUUUGACAACAAGAACGUUUUUUUGUUUUUGUUUUUGUAUUUUUUCUCUAAAGACCAAAACCACAUUUAAACACGAAUGACGUCAGCAAUGUUAUUUUUGAAAAGGUAAACGGCGUUUAACCUGUGACACAUGAUUAUAUUUGACCUGCUGCCCUGUCACCUGAUAAGAACCAGGUUCUUGAAGGGUAAAUAAUGUGACACAGAGAUAAAGACGUGCGAUUUCAGCUGCGGUUAUUUUCUCCCGCAGGUGUAAUUUAACCCCGCGUACAUGGCAGCCACGUGACUGAAAUAAAAAAAUAAAAAACAUAUAUACGUGUGUAGGCUACAUAAACGAUGAAAUGUUGUGGCUUUACAGAUUAUUAUAGAUUUAGAGACAGCAAUUCUAUGACGUCAAUUCAUUUCAAACGCUCUGUUUUGAAACUUCUCACUUACCCGCGAAAAAAACUAUACGUAUUGUCCAGGAAACGUCGAUAUUAAUUAGCCGUUUGUCGAUAACUGAAAAAGUAAUGAAGUAAAACAUUAAUAAUUCUAUUAUUACUUUUAUUACAGGUUAUUUGUAUGAUUAUCGUUAUUUUCAUUUUCAAAACAUUGCACUCCUUCCGCUGAUGUGAAUUAGAACCACAUACAUGGUAAAGAAUUAAAAAAAAAACAUUAAAAAUAAGAAAAUUCUUAUG